AUGUCCUUCACGGAUGAGGCUCUCAAGGCCAAACUUUCAACUCUCAACGAGACCCAAGACAGCAUCGUCUCGGUCUCACAAUGGAUUAUGUUCCAUAAAAGACACGCCGACCGGAUUGCCAACUACUGGCUCACUCGUCUCCGCGACUCGCCACCUCCGAAACGGCUCAACUUCAUCUACUUGGUCAAUGACAUCGUGCAAAAUGCUCGAGCGCGUAAACGCACCGAGUUCCCGGAUGCCUUCUCCCCUUUGAUGCCGGAAGCCAUCCAAACGGCCUACCGCUCCUCCCCGGCAGAAAUCCAAACCAAAAUUCGCCGUGUGAUCGAAGUCUGGCGAACACGCAAUGUUUUCGAAACACCAAUUCAGGAAGCCAUCGAGUCGCGGGUAGACGAGAUCGACAAAUCCAAAGGAUCUAGCGGCAAGAAGACCUUGAUGGGGAACUCACUUUUCAAUUCUUCCUCCGCUGCCGGCAUCCCCAAGGAGCUCGAGACUCUUGCGCCGCUUCAGAUUGCGGUGACCAAGGAAGCCAUCUCAUCCCGCCCAGCGAUCGACGCUGCGAAUUCAGAAUUCACGAAACUCAACGACCCGGCAGCCGUAUUACCCAGCCCACCUGUUCAUGCCGCUCGACUAUCGAGCCUGAUCAAGUCUCUUGCGGCAGCGGAAUCCUCUGUUUCGGCCAGCAUCAAGGCACGUCAAGCCCUUAUUACAGACCUAGAACGCAUCUUGGAGGCCAACAAGUCCGCUCUGGCCAAGGACGAAGAAUCAUUAUCGCUGCUCGAGAGCCGGAAGGCCGCCAUGGAAGCGAAGAAACGCGAAGUCGAAGACAGCAUCAUUCGUGGCCUGUCAUCAGCUGAGGCCGCCGCGGACAAUGCACCUGCCGUGGGAAAUGGCGGCCAUGUUCAGUCUCCGCGUUUCGAUGGCAACAACGAGGCCGGCGGAUUCCUCUCCGAGCGCCCCGAGAUUGAGGAACUCACGCCUGAGCGCGAGUUUCCUGACGACGACUUCGCAACCGGCGGCUUUUACACACCUGGUCCUGGCCCAGAUCAACCUGUCCCUGUUCCCAUUUCAGAUCGACCCAACAACCCUGCUGUCGCAGCGGCAUUAGCUAGCUUCUCUGGAGUGGAGUAUAACCCCCUUCCAUCGUCUGGAAAUCUCGGCGGCCGUCCACUCGGUGACGGUGCUGGCACCACAGCGCGCGUCCGGUCCGCAAGUGGCGGCCACGGUGUGAAUGGGCUCAGCGCAAAGAGGAGAAAAAUGUCGCACGGGGAAGAUGAGAUGGUGCCUGACCUGGGAGAGAUGGGAAUGGAGGGCUUUGGUACACAGGAGUCUGCAACAUUGACGGGUGAGGGAACGGGCACGGAUGAUGAUGUGCUGAGAAAUUUGGAUGCAGAUGUUGAUGAGCUGUUAAGGCAAGAGGGCGGAGGGGCGUAA